CAGAGCUCAGAAAGUUCUAUCACCGGGGUACAGUCCAAUGGGCUGAUUCCCACUGUGUACUUCAUAGGCUUCGGGUUGGUGUUGUUCAAGCCAACAUCUCAGAUCUAACACAUUCUUCUACCUUUGGGUGCACAAGAAUACUUGACAGCAUUCCAGUACAACACUCGGGUCAUCUUAGACAUUGGAAGAAACAAAACCUCACAGACGUGAAGAAUAUGAUGCCAAAUAGACCACAGAGAGUAAAGUCUGAGAGCGGAGAGAAGAAGGACGGCAAGAGUCAGCUGAUAACUGGUGUGCUAACAAAAUGGCAUCUGUGAACAAGAGCAUUGAUGUGAAAAAAGACAGACUGAGCAGAAAGCAGCUUCUGGAAGAAAUAAACGAAAAGCGUGAGUCCUACUGUCAGGUGGAGAGAAGCAAUCAGGUCAGCUUCCUGCGAGUUCAGAAGAGGCACUUCAGCCAGGCCUACCAGUCUUUAGAUUGUAUGAACGUCAAAGAGUCUGUUCCUGAAAGUGGCAGGACCUCCUGGGUCGGUCGGGGCCUCUUUGUUCGCAAGGAGAGAAGGCACUUCCCACCGAAAAAUAAUGCCAUAUUUGGAUAAAGUACAUGUCCAGAGACCACACAAUAAAUUCUCUUCCAUCAGUC